AUGAGCACCAAGCCAAAGAAGCGCUCGCGCGCAAACGUCGAGGAAAGGCGUGCCGACUGUCCUUUUGAAGUCACCAUAGCGCCAACACCGGUUGCGCGCAGCUGCAAGGACCCCAAGGCUGCUAAGCGCCGCAAGUCUGAGGGCGCUGCUGAGGAUGACAAGAAGCCUUUUUUUCAACUCGCGCCGUUUGAGCCGGUCGGCAAGUUUCGCUUGCGCGAGACCAUGGACAUUCACUACCACGUGGACCCGCGCAAGCGGUGGAUGGAAAUGACCAAAUACAUGAGCUUUGUCUUAAACGGCACCAAGUACUUUUGCGACCAAUUUAUCUUUGUGGCCAACGACGACGCCAUCGAACGCCAAAAGUCGGGCAAGAUACCCAAGCACCAGGUCGGGCCGGGCGACUUUUGGGUCGCUCGCAUCCUGGAAAUCAGAGCCUCGGACGAGCACCACGUCUAUGCCCGGGUGUUUUGGAUGUACUCGCCGGACGAGCUGCCUGCCGCCACCAUGUCGGGCAAAAAAACGCCCGCCGGUCGCCAGCCACACCAUGGAAUCAAUGAGCUCAUUGCAUCCAAUCAUAUGGAUAUCAUCAACGUCGUGAGCGUUGUCCAGCAUGCCAAGGUUAAUCAGUGGAUCGAAUCAGACGAGGAAGAAAUACAAGAUGCCAUGUACUGGCGGCAAGCAUUUGAGUGUCAAACACUGCAAGUUUCACCCAUCGAUCUCCUGUGCCGCUGCCAGAUGCCUGCGAACCCCGACAAGACCCUCGUCGGAUGUACCAAUGGCGACUGCGGAAAAUGGAUGCAUAUCGAGUGCCUGCGCCAAGAUGCGCUCAAGCGAGUCUACGGCCGCCUUGGUACCGACCGACCGCACAUCCCCGAACCAGCGAUUAAGAAGGAGGAGCGCGAAGCCUUCAAGCGGGAAUCGCCCCAGGCACCGCUCAGCCCGCCCAAGGGCGAGGACGAGCGGCAGCCGCGCGCCAUGAUUGCUGUCCACGGCGACACCCACACCGACGCCGUGGUGAAGCAGUUGUCCGACGAGGACACGCCCAACCCGGCCGCUGGCCCGGCCGCCACCCCGACAGCCCCGGCUACCCCCAUGUUGCUCACGUUGCCCGAGAGGCCGCUCAAGGUCCUCGCGGGAAAAAAGACUGCCAAGAGGCGAGCAUCCAUUGGCGGCGGUGCACAGCCAUGGCUGGCGCUGUUUGCGGCGGACUUACGCAUGAGCGAUGGGCCUAUGCUCUGGGAGAUCAAGGAUCUCCGGCAAGGCUCAUACAAUUGA